ACCAUCACUGGCUUCCGAAACUCCUCUCAAAAAUAUAGAAAAGAAAAUCCUUUAACAAAAAACAGAUAUAGAAAAAUCUGCUAAGUAAAAAAAUAAAAAUAAAAGAACUAGUCAAGUUUUUUCUCAUCAAAACAUGGCGGCUUCUAGUAGUAGAAAUGGAGCAAAUGUACUUGACUUAAAAUGCAGUCAUUUUGUGGAACCUCAAGGAGAUCAAAGGGCCAGUAUAGUAUGGCUGCAUGAUAAGGAUGAGCAUUUCACUGAUUCAGUGCAGUUUGUGAAAAGUUUAAAACUUAAAAAUGUCAACUGGAUUUGUCCACCUAUCGUCUACACAAAUACAUCGUACGACUUCGGAUCUAAUAUCAAACAAGAUGAUCGAGAGGCAUUAGAUUCCGCAGCUAAAUUUGUUGCUGAUCUUUUAUUGCGUGAACCACUAAAUGUCGUAAAAGGAGUAGGAGGCUUUGGCAUGGGUGCAGUAGUAGCUCUCCAAUUUGCAACAAAUUGUGCUCUUGGACAUUAUCCUAUAAAUCCCCGAGUUGUUGUUGGAAUUAAUGGGUGGCUUUCUAUUACGGGGAGCAUAACAAGCAGCAUAGAAUAUACAGUUGGGGCUGUAGCUCGUGCUGCAUCACAGAAAAUCUUUUUUACACGUGGAGCAGGUAAUCUUUAUUUUCCUCUUUAGAUAAUGGUCACAAGGUAAUGCUAAGUCUUUAGUCUUUAUGGUUGUUUUUGUCGUAGAGAAUCGUCUACUUCCUUACACCCGUGAAGAAGAAGUUGUUGAGUCCCUUAGAGAGGCUGGUUUUGGAGACGUCUUUUUCUUAAUAUACUCAUGGCUUCGACAUGAACAUCAUUUAGACAUCAGAGAUAUGCUCAAACUCUGGCUGGAACUGAGUCUCCCAAUCACCAAAACUUCACCUCUACGAUAAAGACCGCACGUUGUCUAGUGAUUUAUUAUCGUCGUUUCUUUUCUUUAUUAUGAGUAAAAUAGCGUGAGUUGGUACUAUCAAGUUGUGGUAACUUUUUAUUUAUAAAUAAAUAAUUCUUACUUAUAAGCCAUUUAUUUCAAAUUUUACUAAUUGUAAAAUUUCCUUUCUCUAUACAAAUUUUUAAUU